AUGACUGCAGGACACAAGCGUACUUCUGACCCCUGGCCCUCAGCCCCCGAGAGUAUAAACCAAAACCCAGAAGGUGCAAUGUAUGAGUCCCACGAGUCAGAGAACCUAGGCUCUGCAGGGUUGAAACUGAGCACUGCACAUACAGUGCAAAGAAAGACGUUAAAUCAAACGAGAAUGACUGCUCUAGGACUGGAGGAGGGGGAGGGGGAGGAAGACAGCUGCGCAGGAAAGUUGUUCGGGGGAGGGGCCGAGCGAGACCUUGGGAGGGGGACGGAGCUCAACCUGUUGCUCCUGUCAGAACGAUGUGCCUUUCCCGCCGAAGAUGAGGUGAUCAAAUUCAUAAUCGGAAGGAAGGCUCAGUCCGAUCUCGGCGGGAAGCGGAUGGAUCAAGGCAAAAAGCGGCUAGGAAGAUUUGUAAAAAUAAAUUCCACCCUAAAACUGCUGGAAGAUGAGAUCUCCCUCUUUCCAAAAGCGCCUGUCUGCGUGGAUCGUCGGAUGAGAUUUUUGGAGGAGACGAGGGCUGGCGAGCUCUGCGGUGUAUCUGACAGGACCUGCUUGUAUAUGUCUAAUAUAAAGAACAUUUCCUGCAGAGAUUCCGGGGCGCUGCUCCUCUUUCUAAUGCUCCUUAGCAGAUUUGCUGUUAUUAGACAUGUAGAUUUGUUUGAUAGUUAAAUUACGCUUCCUCACUGCCAUGUUUUCGAGAACUAAUCUGUUAAAUUAUCUUUUGAUGCCUAUUUACAUGGAGGGGAAAGUGGGUUAUCGAUUAUAUAAACAUAUAAAUAUUAAUGCAUUUGUUCGCUUCGCAAAAAAAAUACUAAGCCAAAAAAAAAAAUAACAGAAAGACAAGUGAGCAAUGCACACACAUCUCAGGAUUUUGCAAACAAUAUUGAACGGACAGCGACUGCAUUUAGGGACUGGAACAAUA